AUGACGAGCAGUCCCGAAACGGACGCAGAAACAGGGGGCGUGGAAUACCAUGGCAAGAAGUACAGCGUUGUUCAAGAAGGUCUUGCCUCGAUAUUAGUGCCAGCGCAAGCGAAAUCGGACACGACCAAGAGCGCGGCCGAGCACCAGCAAGUCUUCUACAACCCGAUCCAGCAGUUCAAUCGAGAUCUCUCCAGAAAGCGAGACGAGCAAGGCGACGCCGAGGUCAAGCUCUCCAAGGCGCACAAAUCCGAUGCGAACCCCGAUACCCAGACUGCACCGGCGGCCGCCUCCGCAGGCCACCAACCUCAACCCACCCCCGCUCCGGCCCCGGCCCCGAUCAUCGAGGACAAUGUUGCCGCUCAACCCGAGGUCGCCUCCAAGCAGGACCGCAAGCCCGACGCCCCGAAACAGGCCCGCUUCUCCAUCCUCGAUGCACUCUCCGCCUCCGGUCUGCGCGCGCUGCGCUACUCUCACGAGCUACCCUUUGUCGAUAGCGUCACGGCCAACGAUCUUACGGAAUCGGCUAUAAAGUCUAUAGCGCUCAACGUGCAGCACAACAAACUAGAGGACAAGAUUUCAAUUUCACACAACGAUGCCAUCGCCCACAUGUACCGGCGCAUCGCUGACGACCUCUCGAGGAGGGACAAGCAUGGCAAUCCCUCCAAGGCGAACAAGUACGAUGUCAUAGACUUGGACCCCUACGGGACCGCGGCGCCCUUCCUAGACGCCGCCGUGCAGUGCGUCAAAGACGGCGGCAUGCUCUGUGUCACCUGCACGGAUUCGGCCGUCUGGGCCGGGCACUCGUACUGCGAAAAGUCGUACGUGUUAUACGGAGGUAUCCCCGUCAAGGCCUUUUACUCUCACGAGGUUGGCCUGCGCCUCGUCCUCCACGCCAUCGCCACUUCGGCCGCCCGUUAUGGACUCACUAUUGAGCCUUUACUAUCCGUAUCCGCAGACUUUUACGUGCGCAUCUUCGUCAGGGUCACCAAGUCGCAGGCGGCGCUCAAGUUCCUCGCAUCCAAGACCAUGGUCGUCUACAACUGCGACCACGGCUGCGGCGCGUGGGAGACCCACUUUAUCCAGCGCAUCCUCGACAAUCUCCCCACUCUCGACAGGAGCGUCUACGGAACCGUGCCUAGGAUCGAAGGAAUGCUUCAGACUGCCCUGGAGGAGCAGCUGCCUGAGCCGGAGCCGAUAGAGAAUGUGGACCCCAAGGACAGAGAGGCUGCAAGGGUUGACCCGAAUCCCUUCUACUUCAACACGACACGUCUGGCGGGUAACUUUCACGCUACCGUUCCGAGCGAGGACAUGUUCCGUGGCGCGCUACGGCAUCUCGGGUACCAGGUGACGAGGAGUCAUUGCAAGCCCGGAAGCAUGAAGACGGACGCUCCGUGGUCGUCCAUCUUUAGCGUCAUGCGGGAGUGGAUUCGACAAAAGGCGCCGGUGAAGAAGGAGAAUAUCAAGAAGAAUAGUCCUUCGUGGAGGCUGCUAGGUUUUGACCGCGAGUCUGCCGAGGAAAACAAGACUACCGAAUGCAGCGGGGGACCACAGGACGUCACGGGGCAAGAGGACGGCGCACCGCGCUCGGAAGAGGACCUUCUCAAGACUCUUGAGAACUGGGGCCCGAUAAUGGCUGCGCUGGAUGCCAAGGUGGACGCGGGCUCUAUAAUAAGCUCCGAGCUGGAAUCGAGCCUGCUUUUUAUCGUCGAUAAGACGGCUAGCGGCCAAGGCUACGUUGCAACAUGCCUUCGUGAGGGCGAGUUGGACGCCGACCGGCCGUACGAGUUACUUCACCAUGAGCUUGAUACUUUAGCGCCGAGCUUAAGGCCCCAUGUUAUCAAGAAGCGCCCACAGCACCUGGAUCCCUCGACGGCAGCUGUCCACGUCAUUGUAUCUGGGAAGUCCGGUAUAGGACUUGCCCCCAAGGCAUGGGAUGCCGUGAUUCGACCUCUCCUAGAGAUGAUUCAAGGCCUGGGACAGGAGAACGAGUCCACCGCGUCUAGGCCCGGCUACGAGGCGCUCAUCACAGACAGCGCUUCAAGUAUAAGAGACUUUGCACGAUCGAAGCUGGUCUCCGGAUCAGGGGACGGUCGCCCGAAAACCGUGAUCCUGCUUAGCGGCGAUGGUGGUAUUAUUGAGCUGCUCAACGGGCCGGAUGAUCACAUUUCCACGUCGUCCCUUGGUUCUCGGUCUUCGAACACUUUGGAAAGGCACGCCAUCCCCUCUGCCGACCUUCCGGGCUUCCUUCUCCCCGGCGCGCGGCUCAUCCGCCCCGCUGACGAAUCGGGCAAGAUUCCACCCCCAAACGAGGCCGAGGACAGUGUAGAGCACCUCAUCGGUGCCGUGGUGGCGAGCUACGGAUUUCACUCCAACAUAGUUUGGGAGAGCGACACCCCCGAGUACCGCAAGCACGGUGCCCAGCGGUUUCAUAUGGUCAUCAACGGGGGCGGCUCUACUAGUCUGCAGCCCCUCCGGAACGCGCCGGAAAAGUUUGGCUACGUCCUCGUGGCCCAGGUCUCCAACAUGGAAAAGACGUUUGAAAUCUCCCCGGCAACCAAGCCGCUCGACCAGGCGCUACGACUCGUCUACUUUGGCCCCGUUGGCGGGCAGAAAACCAUGGAGAUCAUGGGCGCCGCGUACUCGGGCGGUCGGCACGUCGAGAUGGAUGAGGUGGGGUACGAGGAGAUUGACGGACUGGAGAACUAG